UCAAUUUCUCUCACUAGCAACUCUUUAAGAUUUUUUUUUUCUUUUUGGGGUUCAAAGGGUUCGAUCUUCGAUGAAUUUUAGCUGAUUUUUUGUCAUUUUUCUGCUAAUUUGAGGUUAUGGUAAGAGGAAAAUGGAUGAAUUGAAAGUAGAAGAGUGCUGUACUGAGAAUAAGCAAUCAGCUGCUGCUUCGAGUUCGUCGGUUUCUGAAAAUAGUGGUAGUGUUACUUUAAGGUCACCAGCAGUAUCUAGCCCAACCCCUGCAUCACCAACUCACAGGAGAACCACUGGUCCAAUAAGGCGAGCAAAGGGUGGUUGGACUCCUGAGGAGGAUGAUACUUUGAAAAGGGCUGUUUCAGUUUACAGAGGGAAAUGUUGGAAGAAAAUAGCUGAGUUCUUCCCGGAUAGAUCGGAAGUGCAAUGUCUGCAUCGCUGGCAGAAGGUCAUCAAUCCAGAACUUGUUAAAGGACCCUGGACUCGGGAGGAGGAUGAUAAGAUCAUUGAACUGGUUGCUAAGUAUGGGCCUAUAAAAUGGUCUGUCAUAGCUAAAUCAUUGACUGGUCGAAUAGGGAAGCAGUGUCGUGAGAGAUGGCACAAUCAUUUGAAUCCCAAUAUCAAAAAAGAUGCUUGGACUCUGGAGGAGGAACGGGCGCUUAUAGAUGCUCAUCGGAUCCAUGGUAACAAGUGGGCUGAAAUUGCUAAAGUUCUGCCAGGAAGGACUGAUAAUGGUAUCAAGAAUCAUUGGAACAGCUCCUUGAAGAAGAAGUUAGACUUUUAUGUAGCUACUGGAAAUCUUCCACCUUCUACUGGAACAGCUAAAGCUGAAGAGUUGCUAGUUUGGUCAAAUAAAACAUUAGAAGGAGCUGAAGUAGCUUCAUCAGGAACUACAGAUACAUGUAAAAUAGAAAAUGGAUGGCAGGUGGCAGAAAUCAGUGCUUCCAAUGGUGGUCCUCAAACUGAGUCCACUGAUUCUGAAGUCGUCAGGUUGGAAUCUCAGUCACCAGAAGAAGAUGCUAUUCAACACAUCAAACCAAGUACUCAAUCAGAAAACAGGUAUGAAGGAUGGAACAUAGAUAGUGCAGUAGGCAGAUUACAAGUUUUUGAAGCACCAUUUCCUUGUGAAAUCCCUACAUGUGGUAUGUUAUGCUAUGAACCACCAAGGUCAGAAAGCUGUAUUCCGCUGGAUUCAGAUCUUCUAAAUAUCUGCCGGGCACAAUGUGAAUCUGAUGCAAGUCCAAGCCCAUCACCAAAUGGUUUCUUCACUCCACCUAGUACAAAGGGCCGUAGCCUAUGUGCACAAACUCCUGAAUCUGUACUGAGAAUUGCUGCUAGAAGCUUCCCAAAUACACCUUCCAUAUUAAGGAAAAGAAAGACUCAAGGUGAACUUUCAACGCCAACUAAUAAAAUGGGGAAGUCAGAUGGAGAUCUCUGUAGGGAAAAACCAAUUGAUGCGUGUGACGAGAUCCAAUAUGACAGCUCACACAAAUCUAGCAUGCAUAAUGGAGUUUCUUCAAGAAAUUCUUUCAAUGGUGGUCUGUACAACAGUCAAGCAUUUAAUGCCUCUCCUCCAUAUCGAUUAAGGUCUAAACGGACAUCUAUCUUUAAGUCUGUGGAGAAGCAGCUUCAGUUUGCACUCAACAAAGAGAAGCAUGAUACAAGUAAUGGGUUCAGUGAUUCAACUGUUAAUGAGAUAUCACAUGCAUCCAAAGAUUGUUCACAGGAUACAUGUUCACCAGAUAGAAUGCGAGUUAACAGUGUGGUGAAUUCAAACUCUUCUAAAGGAUGAUUUAACCAUUCUUUCUGGGUCGGUAACUUAGAAAGGGAUGGUGUUGGAACAAUUUAUGGAUGGGAUUGCCUACAAUGCAGGAUAAGAAGGUGGAAUAAAUGCUGAAUGCUUGCAAUUUCUGAUAGUGGCUGCCAAGUCCCAUGGGAUGGAGGUUCAGAAGCAAUCAGUAAUGGUCAGAAGAAUUUGAGACCCCUCUUGAAACGUCGAAAGGCUCAAUCUUCCAGAUACAGUUUUGUUAAUUGUUAGGUGUACAAAGAUCUCAUAGCUUGCAUCGGCUAUGUUCAGGUUAUUGGCUAUUGGUUGUUCGUAGAUGUUAAAGGCAAUUUUUCAUUAUACGUUGAAAUGGUUAAAGCUGCAAUUGAUUUGUACAGAACAACUUGAAAGAAGUCUGCAAUAGUUCUACAUUGAAAAUAGACUAAUAGUUGCUUAAUAAGAUCAGUUGUCUGUGGUA